GAUUUUUUUUUUUAAAAAUCCGUCCAGGAAUGACCGCUCUGGUGGGGUGUAGGGUCGCCUGUGUCCAGGAACGUGAGGAGCAGUCUGCGUGUAGCGCACGUGUCGCACAACCACUUGGUCUGACUUCUGCUCUGCGGCGACUCUGCCGGGGGCUUCUCGGCUGCACGCUCUUCAGGGUGUUGGCGGCGGUUUCCUUGGUAGAAAAAAUUAAAUGCUAAAGAGGAAAUGAGCCAGUAAAGCCGCCGCAGAAAUGCUAAGAGGACCGUUACAGCUGAUCAAAGUAAUGAAAACUUGUAAGUCAGAAUUUCUGCCUGCGAGCAGUGAUAUUUCCAGGGUUGUAUAACACUGCUGCCUAAUAGGUGUAACAGCCUUUAUCUGUGAGGAGGUGAUGUCUGAUGUAAGGGGCUACAGCCCCGACCUGCCAUGCCAACUCAGUUGAUCAAGGACUCAACUGACACCAAUGCUUUUUUUCCUCCAGAAGAAGCCAAUGCAUGGCUGUUCUAAAGUUUUUUUAAUUCUUACUGGUGUGUGGAGUUCCUUGCUGCAAUCUCCUGAGCCAUCUGUGAAGAGACUUUACAGAGCAAUACAGGCAUAAAGCAGGGAAGAUGCUAAGUGGAGUUUAUUUAAACGGUUGCGUGGCUUUCGUUGUUGAAAUUUUUGUGUGAAAUAUCAAAUGUUUUUAUAUUGACUUUUGAAAUGCCGACUCUUGGAGACAAACUCAAAUGAAGUGAAAACAAUUUUUCUUGCUUAAGAGCAAGAAAAAGGAGCCUGUGAAAAGCCAGAACUGCUCCCAGGUCUGCCUGAGGACAAAAAGCUGUUUCAUCUGAGGGAUUCUCAAGUGUGUCAGAUUGCAGGACAGAGACUGUUUGCAAAUAGCAGCCUGGCAGUCGGAGUUUAGCUGCUACUAGAAACGCUACAAAGGCUUGCAGUCAGACAAAUGGCGUUCAGUAGGCUAACCAGGCUGCAGCGCUAUUUCUUUCCCUUGCCCCCUUCCCUUCUGCAUCGUGAGCACCUCCCAGCCUUUCCUUUCUGUGCCUCUGGCGCGUAGCCUGCAUGAAGUCUUUCUCUCUGCCCUAUUUCUGUCCCUAACCUAGCUUGUUUGCAUUCUGGCUCCACAGUGCUGUAAGAUCCUGUCUUUGCUGUGGCUCCAGAUGAGCUCUGCUCGGAGGGUGACCAGAGAAACCCUCCCUGGGCCGCCUUGUGCCUUCUCCCCGCUGCCCUGUCCUGCCAGCCACCAUGGCUUGUUGCUCCAUCUUUUGCUUUUGCUGUUUCAUCUCGACUUGGAUCGGAGGAAUUCUGAUAAAUCAGGAGAAGGGGAUGGGGCAGAUUGAGAGGUCAGCCGCUGAAAACAAAUGGAGAGAAGCAAGCUGGAGGGAGCGAGGGAAAGGAGGGCGUCCAGGAACACGUGAUGGCUGGGUCUGGUGGUGCUGGGUCAUGGCGUGGCUCACAUGGCAGCGGUGCAUGUCUGCUUGUUAUGUCACUACGUGCCGCCUUUUUUUUCUUGCCUUAGGGGGUGUGAUAGCUUACAUCAGCUCUUCAAGCUCGGCAUCUAGCCCAGCCUCAUGUCACAGCGAGAGCUCAGACAGUGGUUUCCAGUCGUCCUCUUCGCCUGUACCAUCUUCUCCGAACAGCUCCUCCUCGGAAGGCGGCUGAACAGUCGGAGCAGUGAGGGCUCUGACGGGGCACCGAAGAGCGAUCGGCUGGAGGAGACUAUUAAAACAAACCAGUCGAGUGUUGCUGGUUUGACAAAAGGCCAUAAUGGAGUCACAAAAUUUAAUGGCAUGGUUCUUCUUUGCAAAGUCUGUGGAGAUGUCGCUUCAGGAUUUCAUUAUGGUGUUCAUGCCUGUGAGGGCUGCAAGGGUUUUUUCAGAAGAAGCAUUCAGCAAAACAUCCAGUAUAAGAAGUGCUUGAAGAAUAAUAACUGCUCUAUAAUGAGAAUGAAUAGGAACAGAUGCCAGCAGUGUCGUUUCAAAAAAUGCCUGUCUGUUGGGAUGUCAAGAGAUGCUGUUCGAUUUGGCCGUAUUCCCAAACGUGAAAAACAGAGGAUGCUGAUUGAAAUGCAGAGUGCCAUGAAAACCAUGAUGAACAGCCAGUUCAGCGGUCACUUACCCAAUGAAGCAUUAACAGAACAUCAAGAUCAAGCACCUCAAGAAGACCUUUCCUCCAAGCCCAAACAAGAGCGGGAAACCAUCAAAAGCCCUUCUCCCCCUCCUAGCACUGACAUGGCUAAGGAAGAAGUGAUCGGUAUGGUCACUAGGGCCCACAAAGACACUUUCAUGUACAACCAAGAACAGUCCCAAAACCCAGCAGAGAUGAUGCAGUCCCAGAGUGGUGAGAGAGUGUCAAAGAACACUGAGCCAUACAUCUUGAGCAGCGAGCACUGUGUUGGUGGGCUCGGUGGCCCUCAGUACCCUGAAAGUGAGCACCACCUUGGUGGACAGUACAAAGGGAGAAGCGCAAUGCAUUAUCCAAGUGGGCAUGCCAUGUGUUUCACAAAUGGCCACUGUAUGAACUUCACCAGUGGUUAUACUCAGCGACUUUGUGAUAGGAUCCCAGAAGACAGCUUUUCUCCAAACAAGAAUACCACUUAUUCUUGCAGCACUGGAGGAAGAAUGCAUCUGGUCUGCCCAAUGAGUAAGACUCCCCACGUGGACCCAAACAAGUCUGGCCAUGAAGUCUGGGAAGAGUUUUCCCUGAGUUUUACCCCUGCGGUGAAGGAAGUGGUGGAGUUUGCCAAGCGCAUCCCAGGUUUCCGGGAUCUCUCCCAGCAUGACCAGGUUAAUCUUCUGAAGGCUGGGACCUUUGAGGUUUUAAUGGUACGAUUUGCAUCUUUGUUUGAUGCAAAGGAACGUACCGUCACCUUCCUGAGUGGAAAGAAGUACAGUGUGGAUGACUUGCAUUCAAUGGGAGCUGGUGAUCUGCUCAACUCAAUGUUUGAGUUUAGUGAGAAACUAAAUGCCCUGCAACUUAGUGAUGAGGAAAUGAGUUUGUUUACAGCGGUUGUCCUGGUAUCUGCUGAUCGCUCCGGAAUAGAAAAUGUCAAUUCUGUGGAGGCACUUCAGGAAACACUAAUCCGUGCAUUAAGGACCUUAAUCAUGAAAAAUCACCCAAAUGAAGCCUCUAUUUUCACAAAACUUCUUUUGAAAUUACCUGACUUGCGUUCCUUAAACAACAUGCACUCUGAAGAACUCUUGGCCUUUAAAGUUCACCCGUAGGCCUUUAGGUCUCAUUUGUACUUGGACUUGCCUCGUGUUAAACUGUUUUGUGCUAAAAUAUGUAUUUAUACAGUUGUACCACUUGUUGGAGAGAGAGAGUUCACAGACUGUGAACAAUCGAUAGCUGUCCCAUAACCAUGCAAUAACGCUUCAGCAGGUGCUUUCAGCUAACAGCGGCACAGCAUUCAGAGUCCUCCAAGACGUCCACACCCAGCUGUGCCACACUUCUGCAGAAGAGGUUGCGAUGAGCCGGAGUAAAUAUGGACUGUUCUUUCAUUUAGAAAAAAUAACCACCACUGCCCUCUCAUGUAAACUGAACGCAAAAUAGCUGUGUAUGUGCAUACAGAGCAUGGAAUGGGGUGGGAACAAUCCUGCGCUAAUAGGAAAAUGGAAGAGCUGUUUUAACUGGUCUUUCACUUAUCUAAUAGAUGUAUGUCAGUGUCUCUUGAUAACUCACUCAUGGUUUCACUGUUGUUAUUCCAUUAAACCUGAUGGAAUGAUUUCAGCCUGCACCAACUCUUCACUGAGCGUGUGUUCAUGCCAUGUGUAUAUAAUAUAAAUAGUUACGUAAUGAGUGUUUAUGGCUAUAUAAAGUACAGAGUUGUGUGUAUAUAUGUGUAUGUAUAUAAAUAGUUCUAUACAUAAAGUAUACAUAUAAUUUCUUCACAAUAUUUUAAACUGUGAAGGAAUUUAAACUUACAACAGAAGGUGAUCUAUGGAAAGAACCAAAUAGAUGCACUUUGCAUAUUGCUGAACUAAUUAUCUGAGCAUUUCUAAUUUUUAGAAAACAUCAAAUUUGCAUUACUAUGCUGUGUUUGUUAAUUUAAAAAAAAAAAAAAAAAAAAAAAGGAAACAGAGUGGCACCAAAGGGGCAGAGUCAGAUUCAGCUUCCAGAAGGGGUUCGUAGAGAAUCUCAAGUGGAGAUGGUUGGUUGUGGCACUAAUGAGAUUGAUUGUCAGUUGCCACUGAGGUUCUUACAUUCUGAUAAAGGUUAAAGAAGCACUAGAUGCUCUUCAAAAACUUCAGCACAGCCAGAAAGAAACUAUCAGAUUAAUAACAGCAUCUAUAAGAAAAAAAAAGUGGGAAAAAUGUAUCCAUGGUAGCGUUUGGGUGUAUGUGUGUUCUGUGACCGUUUAUUUCUUGCAAUACAUCAUUUUGCUGCUUCAUUGCUAAACAAGAAUUGAAAACAGAAAUGUGAGAUUCCCCAUGUCUUUUCACAAUCUGGGCUUUGUGGUUCCUAUGCCUGUUCUUCUGGAGCUCUCCAUUGGUGUGUGUGCAUGUGGGUGUGUGUGUAUGUGCAGAGAAGGUGCACUGGAUGGUCUGGAUUUUUUUCUUAAAAAAACACCACAAAACCCAAACAAACAAAUGGGACUUUUUUUGUUGUUUAUGCCAGUAGCAAAUUACAAAGCAGAUCCUCAAGGCUUAAGAUUCUGCUGUUUUUUCCAUGUAGGAAAGCGGCUCUCUAUGGGUUUUCUCCAUUUGUAGCAGGACCUGGCACCAGAAAAGAGAGAUUAAAAGAAGUCAAAGCAGUUGCGUUAAUUAGUUACGUUUAUGUUUUGCUAAUGUGGGAAGAAGAUGCUCCAUUAACCUUGUGUUUAGUUAACUUACCUUGGAGGUAGCUCUCUGGGUCUCUAGCAUUUGGUAACACUACUCUGUGGAGGGAGAGACCUCUCGGUUUGUUACUGCAUUUUGAUGUAUGCAGUAGUUUGAGGCCAGGAGCCAGCAAGCCGCCAGACUGCAGAGCUGCUCCUUGCCGUGCCGAAGCAUCUCUUGCACAGCGGCGCGUCCAUGGGCGCUGGCGUGUGCCUGCCGCUGAGCAUCAGGAGCCAAGCAGGGGAGGGGAGGCUUGCACCCUGCCAUGGCUCCAGUCACCUAUGGGCUGGGGAUUUCCCCUCGGAAAGUGGUCAGGAGCGCGGGCCAGGGGGCCGAGCAGGAGGGGGCAGGUGCUCGAGUAAGAGCUGGGGGAAAUGUGGUGUUAGCCUUGGCUAAGGAGCAGCAGAGCCCACCCUUUCCCCUGCGCUGCAGCUGCUGCAGGGAGAGUUGUCCUCCUGCUUCAAGCUACUUUAGCCGCUGGGUAACGGCCCCUUGAUACACACAAUUUUGCUAUCCAGAUGUGCUAUCGGGGCAUAGUGUCCUAAUUUCUGUUAACAGUCUGCAUCUUACCAGUAUUAUUUGUUUGAGAGCUUCACUGAAUUACGCAUUGAACCAUUCAAACUUUAGAAAGGACAGUCACAUGUUUUGUAUUAUUUAGGAGCUGAAAUGACUUCUCUGUAAAUGUGGAAAGUACGGUUAACCCUUGGUUGUUUUGGGAGGGAAGGAGGCUUCUUGCAGAGAUUGCCACCCUACAACUAUGUUUUGUUGUGUUUUGUUUUAUUUUGUUUUUCUUCUUAAAACUGUAUUAUUAAGCCUUUAGGAAUGUAUAACCAGGACUGAGUAAUUACUGCUUAUUAAAUUUUUAGUUAGAUUGACCAUGUAUGCCUAUAGAUAGAUAUUCUAACUUGUGCAAUUUCAUUUGAAAUAAUCUUCCUGUACAUAAUGGAAAAACUCAUAUAACAGAAAAAAAAGCCCCAAACAGAUUGACUGAACAAAAAAGUUGAUUAAAGUACGGUUCAAAAGUGACCCACGUAUUAUAAACUCUAGCUGGACUCUUAGAAGAAAAUCUAAACUCAUCGUGUUAGCUGUGUAUUGUGAGCUCUUCUUUUACUGUGUCACUGGUUAUACACUUGUUAAACGCUGAGAUAAUAGACUUCAUGCCAGGCAUUUGAGUACUGUAGAUUGGGUCAUUGCUGAAAGAUUAAUGUACUGUAUGACUUAAAUGAAAUCUUUAUUCUUGAUUUUAUUCUUGAUUUUGUUCUUGUUUUAAAAGAUUAAAUAUGGGCAUUAUGUCAGCAAGCUAAA